GCCAAAAGAAAAAGUUGAAGAAUUUUCUUCGUUUCUAUUUUCAGGAAUUUUCGCAGUAAGAAUUCUUCUAAAUCUUUUAAAUUGUUGAAACUUGUCUCUUACUUGCCAUUUACGAUAAGAAAGUUGUGCAGAAGAAGCAAUUGCUGCGAUGGAAGCAUUAAUCGACGAAGUAGAAUCGCUUGAAGCGAUUCUUAUGGAAGAUGUACAAAUUACUCGAAAUCCAGAUACAAAUUUUCCGGAAUUGAUAGAGACAACUGUUUUUCCGACAACUUGUGAAGACACGGAGCGCCAAUAUGUCUGUAUUACCCUUCAAAUUAUGCCAACCAAAGAGUAUCCGGAAACAAAACCGGAUUUUAAGCUUCGAAAUCCCCGAGGACUUGACGAUGCGUGCAUCAAUGCAAUUGAAAAAGCAAUUAUUGCGAAACUUGAUGAGUCCAUUGGAUUGCCCGUCGUGUUUGAUCUCAUCGACUUGAUUCGGGAAUGUUUGACGGAAAGCAAUGUUCCAACGGGACAGUGUGUCAUUUGUUUGUAUGGCUUUCAAGAAGGCGAUGAUUUCACAAAAACUUCCUGUUAUCACUAUUUGCACAGUCAUUGUUUGGCCAUUUGGUUGCAAAAUGCCAAACGAAAUUUCAACGAUGAACAAAGUAAGUUACCAAAUUGGCAACGUAGCGAAGCGAAACCCUUUCAAAGUUCAUGUCCUGUGUGUCGCGAGCCGAUUGACAUCGAUAUCGAACGUUUGAAGGAAGCCAAGACGCCGCAAGAGCUCGAAAAUGCGCCACAAUUCACGCUCACAGAGGAACUGAAACAAUUGCAAGCGGAAAUGACAAAACUUUUUUUGCAUCAGAAGCAAAAUGGAGGCAUCAUUGAUACGAGUGUCGAAGAUAAGACAUUGAUUGCAAUUGAUCCGGAAGGCGCUGCGAACGAACCAAAGAGGAAACCUGCGCCUCCGCCCCAGACUGACUCUGCCAAAAUUCGCUCAAAUCAACAACCAUCAAAUUCCGCACAAAAGAAGCAGCAACAACAACAAGACGACGAGAACGAAUCGGAAGAAGAUGAAGUUGAUGACAGGAGACGUCGUAUUGGAGGGCGCCGAGAUCGUUAUUACAAUCACAAGGGCAAACGCAACUACGGUCGACAUCGCAAUCAUGACAGCAAUCGGUGACAAUUAUCCUGCAAUCGCACACUUGUCGCAGCUUUGUGUCACUUUUUCGGCGCCGAGGAAGAAGUGAGCCCAUGUCAUUUGCUAUGGCUGAACAAUUUCAGCCAUCAACUCAUAUAACAUACGAACAUUGACCUCUUGGAAUAUCAUGCGUUGUUAAAAUUGUGAUAUUUUUGGUUAACUAUUAUUAUUUGCUUGAUUUGGAUUAUUCGAAUAAUUUUAGUUAGUGAACGAUUUGUUAACGAAUUUCCUAUUAGUUAGUUGUAAUUGACUUCAAAUAUACAUUUUUUUUUUGUAUAUUUUUACCCUUUUACAAAGAAAAAUAGACUUUAAUUAGUUAGUCAAUUACUAAAUAGUAUAAUUCUUAAAAAAUAAAUAAUUAUUGCAAAAGUGACUCUUCCACGAAUUUAAUUUAAAUUCGAUUACGCUUAUCUUAAAAUAUAAGACAGAACAAAAACUCGAAACGUGACAAGUUUUCGCGAACGUAACGUAAGAUACCUAAUAUAAUUUACGUUAAAAAAGUUGUUGACUAUAGAGAUAAAGUGACAUAUUUUUAGGAGACAUUCGAUUCUAAACAUCCAUUAAGGUAUGCGAUAUCGUGAGUUUUUACAAUGAAACACCCCGAAUAUGCAAAUUUCGUAUUAUUAUAAUUUCAUUAAAAAAUUCCUUAUUUAAUAAGUAUCAAUCAAUGAUUUUAUAAUUUAUUUAUAACAAAUGAUAUUCUCACACAAGUGGUUGAUAUUCUGAAACUGGGCAUAUAGAGCAAAAGUAAAACAUAUACUUAAUCAAUUUACAUUAAAAAUUAAUAUAAAACACAAGAAAAAUCAAAUAUUAAAAUUAAUCAUAAAUAACACAAUAAUACGUCAUACAAAAAAUGGUUACAUUUUUAUUCCAUAAAUAAUAUUCGAAAAAUGACAAAAAAUAAUCGACAUAAAAAAAUUGCAUUCCCUUUCUAGUCAAACUCAUACAAGUCAAAGUAAAAUUUAAUUAAUAUGUAUAAUAAUUGUCACCACGAUACAAAAUAAAACGUGUCAUCGAUUAACUAUCAUGAUUUGAUUGAUUUGCCGUAAUUCGACAUUAGUUUAAUUGAAUAAUUAAUGCAAAAAGCAGCAACUGUUAUUGUCUCGCAUCAUCUUGUUUGCGAAUGUAGUAAUUUAUUUAGCAUCGCUUUAUUAAAAAUUAUUAUUAAUAAAUAUUAGAUUACUUUAAAUGAUAGUUUUAAACACGCUUCUGGACAAGUGUGAACAGAAAGAACUUUGAGUGACGUUUAAUUUACUUGUUUUUAAUAAAAUAAUACUAUAACAUUAAUAUUUAUUGUAUAUUAAGGCAAAAAUGAAAUUAAAUUUAUUAUUCUUUUGACAUUGUAAACUUAUCACACGUACAUUAUCACGUUUUUGUGAAAA